AUGAGGCACUCUGAGAAACAUGCUAUUAGUGAGGCCCAUGAGGAACAUGCUAUUACUGGGGAACAUGAGGAACAUGCUAUUACUGAGGCCCAUGAGGAACAUGCUAUUACUGAGGCCCAUGAGGAACAUGCUAUUACUGAGUCCCAUGAGGGACAUGCUAUUACUGAGGCCCAUGAGGAACAUGCUAUUACUGAGGCCCAUGAGGAACAUGCUAUUACUGAGGCCCAUGAGGAACAUGCUAUUACUGAGGCCCAAGAGGAACAUGCUAUUACUGAGGCCCAUGAUGAACAUACUAUUACUGAGGCCCAUGAGGAACAUGCUAUUACUGAAGCCCAUGAGGAACAUGCUAUAACUGGGGCCCAUGAGGAACAUGCUAUUACUGAGGCCCAUGAGAAACAUGCUAUUACUGAGGCCCAUGAGGAACAUGCUAUUACUGAGGCCCAUGAGGAACAUGCUAUUACUGAGUCCCAUGAGGGACAUGCUAUUACUGAAGCCCAUGAGGAACAUGCUAUUACUGGGGCCCAUGAGGAACAUGCUAUUACUGAGGCCCAUGAGGAACAUGCUAUUACUGAGGCCCAUGAGGAACAUGCUAUUACUGAGGCCCAUGAGAAACAUGCUAUUACUGAGGCCCAUGAGAAACAUGCUAUUACUGAGGCCCAUGAGGAACAUGCUAUUACUGAGGCCCAUGAGGAACAUGCUAUUACUGAGGCCCAUGAGGAACAUGCUAUUACUGAGGCCCAUGAGAAAUAUGCUAUUACUGAGGCCCAUGAGGAACAUGCUUUUACUGAGGCCCAUGAGGAACAUGCUAUUACUGAGGCCCAUGAGAAACAUGCUAUUACUGAGGCCCAUGAGGAACAUGCUAUUACUGAGGCCCACGAGGAACGCAAACGAAGGGGAUGA